AUGCCCGGCCCAGAGGGUUUGAUGGUGGGCUCCUUUCCUCGCGCAGGAACGCGGGUGUACAGCCCCCCGGAGUGGAUCCGCUUCCACCGCUACCACGGCCACUCAGCCACCAUCUGGUCGCUGGGCGUCCUGCUCUACAACAUGGUCUGCGGGGACGUCCCCUUCGAGCAGGACGAGGACAUCAUCCGGGGGCAGCUCUUCUUCCGACGGCGGGUCUCUCUAGAGUGCCAACACCUCAUCAGGUGGUGUUUGUCCAUGCGCCCCUCGGACAGGCCGUCGUUGGAGGACAUUUUCAACCAUUCCUGGCUGCAGGACAUUCACCUGGAACCAGCAGAGAUCCACCUGCACAGUUUGAUCCAGGAGCCUAGCAAGUAACAGCUCCACGCAGCUCCUGGUCCUAAGAAGCAAAGAAAACCAGACUUUUUCAUCACGACCGUAGCACUGAGCAGGGAUGCUCAGGUGGGAACACGCCCAUCUUGUCCUGGAGCUGGGCUGGAGACCUGGUCUUCCAAGCUCUGGUGGCCACCAUCCACACCAGCUGCCCUGGACUCGAUCUGAAUGACCUUGUCUCAUUUGAGCUUUUGCCAGUAACUUUUGGCAGGGGGGAGUUUUAGUUCUGGUUUUGGAGGCUCUCAAGUGUCAUCUUGACCUGCUGAACUGGGGACAGCGAGAGGACCUGAGACCUGAUUGCAAGAAAAGCUUCAAUUUUUGAAAACUGAUUUUUGGGAGGUCAGGGCCUGUGGCUGAGUGACUGUCCCUUCUCACUGUCCCCGUGCUCGAGUGCCUUCUGUUUCCAUCUGGGCUGUGCUGGAGGAAAGACUUGACUUUUCCUACAGUGCUGCUUUUCUGAGACUCACCUGGGCCUAUAGUACCUUUUCCCUUUUCAAAAAGAAAGUGGGUCAGAAGAUGCUUGGGACCCAAGUGAGUGAUGCCUCGCCUCCUGUGCCUCCAUCCCAUGUGGAUUUUCUGGGAUUCUUUGCUUCUCUGUGCCCUCACGAAUGCACAAACAAUGCAAACCAACAGCUGUAAAUGUGUACAUAGCUCUACAGGAGCAAAGCUUGAUGUACAGUUGUGAAUAGUGAUAACAUUUUGCCUUUUUUCUGGUUUCCAGUUUUUGUUUUUAAUUUAUUUUCAUGAAUUCAUUGUUUGUUUUUUUGGUUUUUUUUUUUUUUAAAGGAAGAGUCCUAGCCGCUAGGAUAACUUAUUUAUUUAUUUAUAAUUCAUGUGGGUUUCCAACCCAUGCCUUGCUUCUACAGCUGCUGAUCCCGUGGUUUUCCAUUCGGGUCUUCCCUCCGUGUGUGUCCUGUGUCCACCCCCGGGCCCGUCGUGUUUCUGUCGGAUGUCUGGCGUAGGUGUGGAGUGGCUGCUGCUCCCCAGCUGUCUGUGUACAUACUUCUUCUGGGUGCUGUUGUUUCCUUGCCACGUGCAAAUAUCAGUUUGCAGAUGAGUUUUGGUUUUCCUCACGGGUGUUGUUUGGGGCUGGGGAAGGGGGGGGAGCUGGCCCGGGCUGUCUGCACUGUCCAGUCUGUACCUGUAACACGUGUGUAGCCGGCGGGGUUUGUUAAUAGUUGAUAUUGUACAGGGGAAUUGAGAAAUCUUAUUUUUUUUAUGCGGUUUUAAAUAAAAACUAAAACACUUGA